UAGCCGUUGGAUAAUUCGAAAAAGGAUUAAAAAAAGCAUAGGGAAAAAGCAGCGGAGGAAUAUGCCGUCGUGUAUUCCUCAGGCACCCUCCUUGGCGCGUAUUAAAUCUCCAGGCCUUUUGGGCCUCUUUCAGUCAUCGAUUUCCCGAGAAACCCCAUAGGGCUCUUUUUCCGGCGCGCUACGUGAGUUUUCCGGCGAGUUUCGACUUGUGUUUGAUUGCUUUACGGCCAGUUUGAAGAAUUUCCGGAGAGUUUCGGAAGGUUACCGGUGGUUCUUGGAAGUUUCCGGCUGAUUCUGAGGAUUACCGAUCUUUUUCCUGCCUGCUUUGGCCCCUCAGGGCCAGGGUUUAACGUGGUUUCUUGCAAGCUCAGGAUUUUCCCCUGCUGUUUUUGUGUUCCGGCGAUCGUCUCUGAUUUUCGGGCUGUUUAUUUCGAAGUCUAGUUCCUUUCCCGACGAUAAUGGCUCUCAAAGCAGUUCAUGUUUCAGAUGUGCCUAAUCUAGAUCAUGUGCCUGAGAGCGUGGCACUUUCCGCUAGCCUGUAUAUGCCUGGCAUUGAAUCGGUGAGAAUGAAUUAUAAGCCGCCAAUGUUUAUGGUGAUAGGGCACAGAGGAAGCGGCAUGAAUAUGCUUCAAUCGCCUGAUAAAAGAAUGAAGGCCAUCAAAGAGAACACCAUUCUCUCAUUUAACAACGCUGCUAAAGCUGACCUCAAUUUCGUUGAAUUUGACGUUCAGGUGACCAACGAUGACUGCCCCGUUAUUUUCCAUGACAAUUUCAUCCUCACAGAAGAAAAUGGGAGUUUAUGUGAAAAGAGAUUCACAGAUCUCACCCUCUCGGAAUUUCUUGGUUACGGCCCCCAGAGAGACUCUGCAAUUGAAGGAAAAUCGCUGUUAAGAAAAACAAAAGAUGGGAGAAUUCAUAGUUGGAAUGUGGAAGAGAAUGACACCUUCUGCACCCUGCAAGAAGCCUUUCUGAAAGUUGAUCCGACCUUGGGCUUCAAUAUCGAACUCAAAUUUGAUGACAACAUCAAUUACCAAGAACAUGAUCUUAUCCAUACCCUCCAAGUAAUUUUGCAGGUGGUAUUUGAAUACUCCAAUGAGAGGCCUAUCAUUUUAUCAAGCUUUCAGCCAGAUGCAGCACUCUUGGUUAGGAAGCUGCAGAGCACAUACCCCGUCUUCUUCCUUUCAAAUGGAGGAUCUGAAGUAUACAGUGAUGUUCGAAGGAACUCCCUUGAAGAAGCCAUAAAACUCUGCUUGGCUGGAGGCUUACAGGGAGUUGUCUCAGAAGUAAAAGCAAUUUUCAGGAAUCCAGGCUUCAUUUCAAAGAUCAAAGAAGCCAAUCUCUCUCUCCUCACCUACGGCCAGUUAAACAAUGUACCUGAAGCUGUUUACAUGCAAAACCUGAUGGGCGUCGAUGGCGUGAUUGUGGAUCUUGUAAGAGAGAUUUCACAAGCAGUUUCGAGCUUCAACAAGUCCACAGAAGAAGAGGAUACCGCUGUUGCAGGAAUUGAUGAGAGAGACAGUUGGGUCACUUCAAAACCCAAAUUUUCUGCAAAGGAACUGUCCUUCCUCUUCAAACUUAUACCAGAAUUAAUACAGGUUUAGGUUUUUCCUUUUUUUUAUACAGUUGUAACUAUUUUUCCCCCUUAAAUUGAGUCAAUGACUUUGACGAUCGAUCCUACAACAAGUUCUGGGAUCGUUCGGGGCAAUGAUAUUGUGACAUGCACUUGGUUGGAUUUGAAUGAAAAAAUUGGUCUCUUACAAAUGUAUAUUGGUGUCUUACAAAUGUAUAAUGGGUUGGGGUUUCAA